AUGAUGCUAGACUCAAUCAAUGACGAGGGGCUCUUCUUUGAGCACGAUGGCCAUUGGUAUUACUCGAAUUCAAGCGAUCCAAUUCAAGUUCCCAGGCCUGGCAAUGAGCACGAGAUGGAGCAGAUCUUCUGGGACAAUUUUGUGAAAAUUAACGCCUCGAUACAGGAAUCACUCCCGGGCUCGUAUAAUGUUACCUCCAUGGUAUACCCGCGACAUUUGAAUGCCAGCGCACUAGAAAUGUUCACAAAAAUGGCAAGCCGUGUUCCGGGUAUUCAGAUACCGAAGAAGCAACUCAUGGACUCAUAUGGCGGCGUCUUUCGUGCAUAUGACUUCCCCGUCAGUGAUGCGGGGGGUCUCAUUUUCUUUUAUGACCUCAACGAGGAGUUCGUGGAUAUUGCCUUCGGAACUAUUGCUAAAUAUCGCACCUUUCCCGAUGUGAGUGAGCGCCAACUGUUCAUGCGGAUUCUGAGCAGACACUACCUGGCUGUCAGGAUGGGAAUGACAGAGCAGGAACGAGAUGAGCGCUAUGAUGAAUUUCGUGAAAAUCAAGCAGAAAUGCUUGAAGGAGUUGCUUUCCUCAAAGACAUGAGCACGCUGAAGGGUAUCAUUAUUACUGGCGAGGGCCCCGAAUGGGCAAUGAAACGUCUACAAAAUUCUAUCACCUUGGCGGCUCCUGACUAUGCGAAUAAAAUCCAAGGCUUUAUCGAUCCAGCAUUUGCUGGGGCUGUCGGUGCUGCAAAGUGGGCCAAGUAUCAGCUUGAGCAUGCAGACACCUUCUUUGACGAUGCCGGGGGGAACCACGAGGAACUAUAG